GAUCGUACAUUCUCAUUGGGGCCUGCCAUCAUGUCAAGGUUACUAGAUUUCUAUGAUCUAUCCGGAGAUAUUCUGCAAACGCACAUAGAUUCGCCACGUUCCACAGCUUAUUUAGCGUCAUUGUUUUAUUCCGUGAACCGAAUCAACUAUUUCUACGUGUAUGGAGCCGGGUCAAAUCUAAAACAGUACCGGAAUUACAUUGAAGGUCUCGGAAUAAAUAAUGUCCGAUUAUUCGCCGAAUCAUUUACAUCAUUCCCAUUGGAAUCCAACAGAUUUCGUACUGUCGUUGGUAUACUCGCAAAUCCACCCAAUUCAUUUAGUGCCAUAUCUGAUCCUAUCGACCUCAUAUGUUCUCGUGGUGGAGAUUUGGGUAUGCUGGAAAUGUUGACAGAGACUGCUAUAAGCAAUGAUGGAAAACACAGGGUGUCCUUAAUUUUGGAAGAACAACUGCGUACUUUGUCUUUGGCUAUGUCACGCCCUCAGGUGCAGUUUAUAUUAUACCAGACUCAUUCUAUUCUCAGUAGUGAAAAUCAAGAUAUGGCAAAAUGUGCCAUAAAUUUGGUUAACGAGUCGGCAUUACAAAACCACCGUAAUAUAUUUCUUGAAAGAAAGAGACUCGAAGCCUUAGAAGAGGCAGAAGCUGCAAAUAUUCCUUCUGCAGCGAUGGGUAGUUCUCCCAGGAAACGUAACGUAUCAUCUGAUGUAAAGCAACAGCAAAGCACGACCAGUGCCCCUAACGAGAACCCAGAUAUUAAUAAUGAAGUCACAGUUCCCGAAAUAGAUGAGUUUAUAUGCGUGGAUAUACCUGAUGUUUGUAAAAAUCAAGAUAAAUGCCUAAAGCAGUCAGAAAAUGGUUGCUUCCUAUCGUUGCUGCAACGGAAACAAAUAACUAGGCUAAACGCGAAAUAUCUUAUAAAAAUGGCAGAAGUUCGAGGACUUUUUGGUAAUUCUGCAGAUAACAUAUCGAAUAAGGCCAGACCGUUCAAAGCUCAAGAAAGCAAUAUUGACAACCCAACUGAAAAUCAAAUGCUACACGAAGGUUCUCGGUUGGUGUAUCAAAACAUUGAAACUCUGGUAAGAUAUAUUCAAGUACAAACGAAAUUAAAUUCAGCCGAGCCGACAAAAAAACCUCUGCCUAGAUUAUGA